AUGCAGCUGAUAUGCCGAGAAAGGGACAGUGAUAUUGAGGAGGGAUUUAUGCCGAGGGUGAUCCCCCUUGAAGCUGAGAUAGUUUUGGAUCCCUCGACGGCGAGACCUGACCUCGCUGUAAAGAUGGCCUCCGUCUGCAUAUCAAAUUCUGUCAACGACGCCCGGGCUCCGGUGAGAGCAACCUACGUAAACAUUUACAAGUGGCCUGAAUCCGACGCUGCCUUUGUGAGGUCAGUGAGCUCUAACAGCCGUCUGCAGGGGGGUGGUGGUGGUCGUGGUCACCCGACGGUGGUGGAUAGCAUCUCAUGCAGACAGUUGUAUUUGAGAAGCUAUACGUUCUCUAGGAAAGAGAGUGUGCCUGAGAAGACCAAGAAAUGUUUGGAAAGAAUUAAGAAGACAGUGGUGGCGAGUAGGAGAAGAAGGAAACCUCAUGACAGUGGUGGCGGUGGCGGUGGCGGUGGCGGAAAGAAAUGUGUGGUGAGUAGGAGGGCUAAGCAGGUUUCUUGUGCAGCCUUGGCGUCGAUCUUUCGGAGGUUGCUAUCUUGCACUACCAAAAUCGAUGUGGUUGAUUGAAUGAAUAUUAUCAGGAUUUUUGUAUUUUGAUUGUGAUUUUUAUUUUUUUAUUUUUUGUGCUUUUAUUUAUUUAAGUCUCACCUUUCCUAUUCUAUAGGCAUAAAUAC